UCAUCCUUGCGCAGAGCCCGAGUACUACCUUGCGCUCCAGCCACCUCCUCUUGAAUACGAAUCCGCAUUGUCGAAUCCUAAGCUGUGAAAAAGCAGAAACAUAUGGCAGAUCUAGACUGUAGAGGGAGACGGGUCCUUUGAGGGCAUUCUUGCCACGAUGUCCCAGUCAUUUUCUCAGCCAUACCCCUCUGCCCCUGCUGCUCUUCGGAAGCUAUCGCCGGAAUUCGGAAAUGACCUGCUAUCGCGCACGGAUACGCUUAUCUCGAGAAUCCGGCCAACUACGCUCUCGCUCCAACGUCGAUUUGUUAUCACUGAGCACGUCACGCAGCUUGUGAAGCGCUGCUUCGCACCGCACGAUGUGACGGCGGUUCCUUUCGGCUCCGUGCCGCUAAAAACCUAUCUGCCCGAUGGAGACAUCGACCUGUCCAUCUACAGCUACAGCAGCCGCGCGCAGUCGCUCAAAGACCAGCUGCGGGAUACGUGGGCCACGACCCUGCAGCUGUGUCUCGAGGACGAGGCCAACAACCCACACGCCGCCUUCAAGGUGGCAAACGUGCAGGUCAUCCAUGCGGAGGUCAAGCUGCUCAAGUGCCUGGUGGACAACAUCGUGGUGGACAUCUCGUUCUUCCAGAUCGGCGGCCUCAACACCUACAACUUCCUGGAGGACGUGGACGCGUUCGUGGACAAGGCCAUCACCGCUCGCAAGCACUUGUUCAAGGACAGCAUCAUACUGGUCAAGGGCUGGUGCUACUACGAGAGCCGCGUGCUGGGCGCGCACCACGGCCUCAUCUCCACCUACGCGCUGGAGACGCUGGUGCUGUACGUCAUCAACCUCUACCACCGCGAGCUCAGCAACCCACUGCAGGUUCUGUACAAGUUCCUGGUGGAGUGCAGCGGCUUUGACUGGGAGCGCUACUGCCUCACGCUGCAGGGCCCCAUACCGCUGGCCAGCUUCCCCAACCCCGUCGUGGAGACGCCGGAGCCGCUGCAGCGCGAGCCGCUGCUGACGGAGCACUUCAUGACGCGGGCCUACAACAAGUACACGGCGCCGCAGGUGGCGGCCAUGGGCGGCGAGGUGAAGCCGUUCGCCAUCAAGCAGCUCAACGUGAUGGACCCCAUCCUGCCCAACAACAACCUGGGCCGCUCCGUGUCCAAGGCCUCCUACCUGCGCAUCCGCCGCGCAUUCGAGCACGGCGCGCGCAUGCUGGCGGCCAUUGCGGAGCAGACCAAGGAGCUGGGGGCGGUGGUGGCGUCACGAAAUUUUGACAACUUUUUUGGCAAGGUGUGGAACGCGCAGCGGCCCAACCGCAAGCCGCUGGCGGCCACUGGGGUUGUGGACCAGCUCAACGGCGGCGCCGUGAUGGGAGCCCCGGGGCUGCACCACCCCGUGGCGGUGCGGCCCAUGCCGCAGCCCUUCCCGCACAUGCCGGCGCCGCCGCCGCCCAGCAUCUCUGCGCCGCCCAUCGCGGGCGGUGGGGCUUCCAGUGCACCGAGUGGCGGCGGUGCCGGCAGCAGUUUGCGUGGUGGCGGCGGCGCAGCAGCGGCGGCGCUUCCGCAAGUGGUGUUUGGGAAUGUGGCGGGUGACCUUCAUGUGGGUCGGCGGCAGGAGGCGCCGGCACAGGGGCAGGGCCAGGGGCACAGCGGGUCGGGCCGUGGCGCCAACGCCGCGGCGGCAGCGGCAGCCGCCGCUGCUGCUGCUGCGGCCGCGGCCGUCGCCUCGUCAGCCGGAGCUGCGGGUGCGGCGCCAUUGCCGGCAGCGGCGCCAGCGCUCGCGCCGCCGGCGUCUCUAAAUGCAACGGCACAAUGGGUGGUGUUGGGUGCGCCGGCCGAGGGCCCGACGCUGGCGGCAGCGGCGCAGGAGACGGAAUCGUUGUUGCGCAGCGGCUCGGCCGCCAACGCCAUCAUUGCGCUCAGCCAGCUAGCAAGUGGCUCCGCCACCGCUGCGGGCGCCUCGGCCGCCAAUUUGGCGUCGACGAUGUCGGCGGCCGCUGACAACCUGGCCGCGGCGUCGGCCGCCGCGGCGGCCGCCACCAGCGGCGCGGAGUUGCAGAUCCGGCAACACAUGCUCGCACACGCUCUGCAGCAAGCGAUGCCGCUGGUCCAUGGCCAGGGAACGCCGCUGUUGGCGCAUGGCAGCGGCCAGGCUCCCGCGCCUGCCGCGCCGGCGGCCGGCCUAGUCUUCCAGCAAAUGCUGGGCUGGGGGCAGCAGCUGCUCGCAGCCACCGCCGCGGCGCCCAUGGGCGCGGCGGCGGCGGCGCCGCAGCUGCCGGUGGCGGCGCCGGGCGGUGCGGCGGUGCCGGUACCGGGGCUAGGUGCUGUGGCGCUCGGCCCGCUGGUGUCACAGUCGUCCGGGGAUAUGGGCAAGAUGUCGCGGGUCAUGUCGGCGCCGGUGAUGCAGGCGCCGGGCGGGCCGGUGCUGUCGCCCACGGCGGCGGCCGCCGCCGCCGCCAUCAGCCUGGGCGGGCGGCGCGAGCAGCCGCGCCAGGCUGCGGAGGUGAAGGUGGAGCCGGCGGACAGCGGCAAGGAGCGCGUGCUGCCGGUUGCGCAGGGUGGCGAGGCCGGAGCGGACGGCGAAGGCGGCGCAGCGAUGGGGCAGGGCCCAUCGGACGUGUCGGAGGACGCCGCCGCGUCGUCGGAGGGGCUCACCGCGACGCCGAGCAGCGCCGCCGCGGCGGCGCUGCGCUCCCGCGGUGCGCUGGAGAGCGAGGACCCCUCGCCUGCGCCUCCGGCGCGUGGCGGCGCCGCCGGCGUCGAGGACGAGGAUGAGCAGGAGGCCGACCGGAGCCCAUCGCAGCCGGCGUCGGAGUCGCCGCAGGUUACCGUUGGGCCCACUGCCGCGGCCGCGGCGACGGUGGAGUCGCCGGGCGCGGGAUUGCCGCCGGUGGUGGCGACGCUGCCGAGCGCGGUGCCGGUGACGGUGGCGGAGGGCGCCGACUUCAUGGGCGCCUCGUCGCCGCGCAUGCAGUUGCCGUACGCGCUGCCGGUGGUGCUGUCGGAGGAGGUGGAGCAGCAGCUCAUGAGCGGCAGCAGGCAGCACCAGCUGCAGCAGCAGCAGCAGCAGCAGCAGCAGCAGGAGUCGAUGCCGCUCCCGAAUGCGCUGCCGACGGCGGUGGCGGCAGUGGCCGCGGGGUCGGCGCCGGCGCUGCCGGCCGCCGUCGCCGCGGAGGUGCCCGCCGCCUCGCUAGUCGCCACGCAGCCGCCUCCGCCGCCGCCGCCGCCCUCCGCUGGGGCAGCGCUGCCGGCCGCGCGGAACUCGCCAGCUGGGCCGCCGGCCGGCCGCGGCAUGCAGCGGGGCGCGCCUGGCGCCGGCGCGGGGGGCGCUCCCGCCGCCCCGGCCCUUGUGCCCGUGAUUCCGUACAUGCUGCCUACAGGCCAGUGGGGCGGCGCGGCGCCGGCGAACCUGGCGGGCAUGGCGCCCGAGGCGGCGGCGGCGGCGGCGCAGCUGAAUCAUCUGUUGCAAGCCGCCGGCUUCGGCCGCCAGCCCGCGCUCGUGCCGGCCGUGCUGCCGCACGCGCACGCCGGCCACCCCGCGGCUGCGGCGCCCGCGGGAGCGCCGCAACAGUUCCUGGCGUUUCCCCUGCCGCCGCCGCCGCCGCCCGCGGCCGCCGCCAGCGCGGCGUUCCUACAUUCGCAGCCGCAGGCGGCGCUGGCCGCGCCGGUGGGGUCGGCCCACCACCUGCCGCUCCACGCGCCGCACGCCCACGCCGCGCACCCGCACCAGCAGCAACUGGAGUCGGCGCUGCUGGCCGCCGCCGCCGCCGCCGCCAACUACAGCGCCACCGGCCACGCGCCCCACAUGCCGCUGGCGGCCGGCGGCCAGCCCCAGCCGCCGGCCGUGGCGCUGGCGGCGCUGCAGCGCCACCACCUACAGCAGUUCGAGGCGGCGGCCGGGAGCAACACCGGUGGAGGCGGCGCGGGCGCGGGCGCCGGCGCCGCCGGGUACUACCCGCAGCAGCAGCCAGUGCCGCCGCCUCCUCGGCGGUACUCCCAUGACGGCUCCUCCAGUGGUGGUAGCGGCAGCGGCAGCGCCGGAACCAGCCGCCAGCGCAUCGGCUCCAGUACCGCGCUGUCCGCGGUGCCGGCGCUUGCGGCGGCGGCGGCCGCCGCGGCGGCCGCGGCGGAGGCGUCGCACCAGCCGCAGAAUCCUCAAUCGCUCCCUCAGCAGCAGCAACGGCAGCAGCAGCAGCAGCAGCAAGUGGGCAUGGCCGCAGCGGCCACAGCAGGCCGCCUGGGCGGGCGCGGCGCCGCGGCGGCGCCGCCCAACGCCAGUGACCGCCGCGGCAACAGCAACGAGGCGGCGCUGAGCGCGGCGACCGCCGCGCUGCGGCCCGGCGGCGGCCUGGACCCCUACGUCUCGCAGCAGCAGCAGCAGCAGCAGCAGCAGCAGCAGCAGCAGCAGCAGCCCGGCAAGCCCAUGGAUGCCACGGCCAUGAUGCUGCAGGCCGCCGUGGCGGAGCUGCUGACGCUGCAGCAGCGCGGCGCGCUGCCCUCCUCCGGCGCCGCGGCGCGCGGCGGCGGCGGCGGCGGCGGCGGCGGGGGUGGUGGCAGCGGCGGCCAGCGCGAUCGCGAGACGCCUGAUGAGGAGGCGCAGGCGUUCCGGCAGGCGGGCGAGGGCAUCCGGCGGCGCGGCGGCGCCGCCGGCGCGGCGGCUCUCCAUGGCAGAGAGGAGCUGGCUGGGGGCCGCGCGGGGCGGGGGAGAGAGGGCGAGGAUGUCGGGCGCGGGCACGCGGGCGGCGAGGAGGGUGGCGCGGAGUAUGCGGAGGGCGAUGCUGGCGCGGAGGCGGUAGGGGCGGAGGACGGCUCCGUGGCCGGUGAGGUGGAGCCGGGGCGCGCGGCGCACGCGGCGGCUGCGGCGGUGGCGUUGCUUCCUGGCGGCCAGGGGGGCGCGCUGCAUGCGGGUGCUGCGCUGCAGCCCCACGCGCUGCCGCACCAGCACCAGCAGCAGCAGCAGUUGCAGCAGCUGUAUGCGCAGCUCCACGGGACGCCGCUCAGCCACUUGGCCAACCAAGCCCAGGCGCAAGCCCAGGCGCAGGCGCAAGCGCAGGCGCAUGCGCAGGCUCAGCAGCAGCAACACCAGCAGCAGCAGUUCCAGCACUUCUACUCGCAGCUGCAGGCGCUGCCCAUGCCGCCAGGCAUGUACGGGCAGCAGCCCGGCGGCGGCCGCAUGGGCAGCGGCGGCCUGUCCGGCGGGAAGGGCGCCGGGCAGGCGGGAGGCGGCGGCGGCGGGGCCGGCGGCGGCGGCGGCAGCGCCUCCGGCAGCCGGCCGGCAUCGCUAUCGGGCUCCCAAGGGGCCGGCGGCAUGCAGCGGCAGGGCUCAGCGGGUAGCAGUGCCAGCGCGGCGGCGGCCGCCGCGGCGGCGCUGGCCGGCGGCGCGCCGCCGCACAUGGCGGCGGCGAUGAUGGCGGCGGCGGCGCACCCCGCCGCCUCGAUCCAGUACGGCCGCAUGCCGGGCUUCUCGCACGAGCUGAUGAUGGGUGUGUCGCCGCCGUCGCCGCACGUGCCGUCCGGGCUCCCGCCGCCGCCGCCACCCGCCAUCGCGCACAACAUCCAGCACUCGCCGCCGUCGUGGUGGUACGCGCACGGGGCGCGGUACAACGCCGCCGCGCUGUACAUGUACGACAACAAGGGCCCUGGCAGCGUCGGCGGCAGCGCCGGCGCCGGCGGUAGCGCCGGCGGCGUUAUGGCGGGCAGCGUGACCAGCAGCCAGGGCGGCGGCGGCGGCGGUGGCGGUGGCGGCGGGCACGAGGGCGGCAGCAGCGCCGGUGGUUGGAUGCCCAGUCCAAGCGGCUCUCUGCCCAGCCCGGGAUCCCAGUCGUACGGCAAGGCCGCGGGCGGCGGCGCUUCGCUGGGCGCGCACUUGGGUGGCGGCGGCGCCGGCCCCAGGGGCGGCGACGCCGCCGCGGCCGCGGCGAUCGCGGCGCACCUUGCAGCCCACGGCGGGUUGGCAAUGCAGUCGCACGGCCACGGCGGCGGCAGCCGGGACCCGCACUCGGUCAACCUUGAGUACACGCGUGCGCUGGUGGCUGCGAUGACGCAGGGCGUGGCCAUGCCGCACGACGGCGGCGGCGCCGCAGCAGCGGCGGCGGGUGGCGGCGGCGGCGGGCCGCAGGCGUCCAGCGGCUCAGCUGUGAUGUCGGGCCAGGCCAGUGGCGCGCUGAUGCUGGACGACGGACUGUUGUUUGACGUUGACGGCGGCGCCACCGGCUCCUUCAACUCCUCCACAUCGCACCCGCGCCUGUCGUACAGCGGCGGCGUGACCGGCGGCGCCAACAGCGCCGCCGGCAGCGGCCCCGGCGGCAUGGCGGCGGCGCGCGCCGCCGUGCUUGCCGGCGGCGGCGGCGGCGGUGGCACCGACUCGUUGGGAUGGUUCUCGCCGCCUGUGACGGCGGCGGGUGAGGCUGCGCACGGGCAAGACGGCGGCGCCGAUGGCGCUGCGGCUCGGGGCGCGCGGGGCGGGUUGUUUCAGGUGGGCACGGCUGCCGGCGGCAGUGUGCAACUGGCUUCUUUGCUGCCUGGCGGCGCCAGCGCGGCCGAGGUGGCGGCGGGAGCUGCGCGGAAGCCGCAGCCGGCGAUUGCGCUGGCGGAGGGUGGCAUUGCGGCAGCUGUCGCGUCCUUGGCGGCCAAGGCUGCUGACGCAGGCGUGUCGGCCGGGGCGCCGGCGGCGCCUGCCGGCGCCGCUGGCGCAGCCACGGAGGCCGCUCCUGCCGCUGCUGCGACUGCGGGCUCUGCACCGCUGUCCUUGGUUGGCAGCGUUGGCAGCAUCAGCAGCGCCGGCGCUGCGCCGGAGGUUCUGCAGCACCUGACGCCGGCGGCGGUGACGCCCACCUCCCUCUCCUCCUCGGGCUCGACGCCGCUGUCGCACAGCCCACCGGCGCCCGCCAUGACCCACAUGGCGCCGCCGGCGCUGUCUGCGUCCGCGGUGCCGGCCAAGCCGGCGGCGGCCGCCUCCGGCGCCGCCAGCAGCGCCGCCAGCGGCGCGACGUCGGCGGAGCACACGGCCGUGUCGACGUCGCCCGUGGCGCCUGUGGUCCUGCCGCCGCAACUGGCCCUAGCCAAGGCCGGCGCCAUCUCCGCCUCUGUGCCCAGCGCGGCGGCGGCUGCGGCGGUGGCGGCGGCACCAACGAGUUCCAGCGUGCCUUCCGCCGCGUCGGCGGCGGGCGGCCCGCUGCCGUUUGGCUCGCCACAGCCGCAGCCGGCGCCGUCGCAGGCAGCCCCGGCGGCCCCGGCGCAGGCGCCUCAGCCCGGCGUUGCCCUCCCGCGGCAGCCCAACCAGCGAUACGACCCCAUCGGCGCCCAGCGGACCUCCUCGGGCGGAGCGGGCGCGCUUGCAGCCGCGCCACAGGCGGCGGUGGCGGUGCAGGGCGGGACGGACUCCACGGCCCCAGUGGCGAUGCUGCCACGGGCGGUGGCCGCAGCGGCGGCGGCGCCGCUGGCGACGAGCUCGCCGUCGGCGGCGCAGGCGCUACUCGCGGCGGCGAUGGGCGCCCAGCCCCGUGACGCUGGCGCUGCGCUGGCGGUGGCGGCGGCGGCUGCGGGGCCCGCCGGGUCGGCGGGGCCCAGCGCUACCGGCUCGCCGUUGGCAGUGCACCACCCGGCGGCGGCGGCCCUGGCUGCUGGCUACGUCCGCACGCACCCCGGCCCGCAGGCUGCAGCUGCGGCGCCGCCCGGCCCUGACAGCCCGCCCACGCCGUCCGCCGCCGCGCCGGCCGCCGAGCUGGCGGCGGCUGGGGUCAGGAAGCUGCCGGCUGGCCUCAGCGUGGCCGAGCCGUCUGCCUCUACUGCGCCGGCUCCUGGAGGAGGAGGGGCAGCAGCGCCGGCACCGGUGGGUGCUGCCGUCGCCGCGUCCGGAAAGGUGGGCAGGCCGGAGGGCCCAGACGCGCCGGUCACGGUCCGGCCGUACCGGGACGUGGCGCUCGCAGCAGCGGCGGCAGCGGCGGCGGCAGCGGCAGCGGCGGCAGCAGCAGCUCCGGCCGCGGUCACAGUAUCGGUGCCGGUGCCGGCAUCGGAGCCCGCAGCAGCGGCGGUGGCGGCGGCGCAGCGCCCGAGCGCAGCUGAGCCCAGCGCCGUGCCGGCGCCGGCCGGCGCGUCGCCGGAGUCGCCGGAGUCCGCGGCGGCGGCGGCGGCGGCGGCGGCGGCGGCAUCAGAGCCCAAGUCCAAACCUGAGCCGUACCGCCCCCCACACCACCCGCUGCAUCAGCCCCAGCAGCUCGCGCACCACACGCACGUGCCCUCCGGCUCGACCCAAAAGGCACCGGCCGCGCCGCCGUCGCCGCCGCCGGCGUCGGCGUCCGUGGCUCAUGGCGCAGCGGCGGCGCACCCUGCGUUGCCUGUCACGCAGGGCAGCGUGCCACACUCACACGCCUCCUCGCAGCCUGGAACGCCCAACCGCGGCGGCGGUGGCGGCGGCGGCCAGCAGCGCAGCGGCGCUGACGGCGGCGGUGGCGGCGGCGGCUCGCGCGGCGGAAAGACGUCACAGCAGCAGCAGGCUGGCGCAGACGGUCAUGAAGGCCAUGCGGGCAAGGGCGGCGGCGACGGCAACCGGCGGUCCGGCUCGCGCGAUGCCGGCGCCGGCACGGGCGCGUCGCCGGCCGCCGGUGCCAAGGGCGACGCCGCGACAGCCUCCGGCGCGUCCACGCCCGCUCCGAACAGCAAGAGCGGCGCCGUGAGCGGCUUUGCUGCGGUUGCGGCGCAGCAGCCCCCGCAGACGCCGGGCUCGGCGGGGCCUCAGCAGGGCCGCGUCGUCAGCGGCACAGGGACGCUGUCACAGGGCCUCGGCGCCAGCGGCCCUGCCACGCCGGCCUCGGCCGCCAGCGCCGCUGCCGCAGCGGCGGCUGCGGCGGCGGCGGCCGCGGUGGCGGCGGGAGCGGUCUCGCCGGCAGCGCAGACGCUGCUGCGCGUGCCCUCCGCCAACAGCUACCUGGCAGCUGCCAUCAAUAGCAUCAGCCCCUCCGGCGCCGCCACCGCCGGCACAACAUCGCCGUCAGGCGCCGCCGGCGGCGCCACGCCCGGCGCCGGUGCGGGCGCCGCCGGCGGCGCUGGCGGCGCCUCGCAGGCGGCGGCGGCCGCCGCCGCGCUCGCCAGCACCGCCGUCGCGCAGCACGCGGCUGCCCAGCAGCACCACCAGCGCCAGCAGCAGCAGCAGGGCCGGCCGGGCUCAGCCACGCCGGCCAGCGCGGCGUCGGGCGGGCGGCACCGCGGCUCGCUUGACCACGGCCACCACGGCCCCGGCGGCUCGCACCAGGCCAAAGGCCACGGUGCCGGCGGCGGCGGCGGCUCGCGCCCGGGCUCCAGCCAGGGUUACGUCACUGGCGACGCCACGCCUGCCUCCGGCAGUGAGCGGCCCCGGCCGCACCACCACCACGGCCACCACCACCACAGCCACGGCCACGCCUCAGGGCAGCAGCCGUACGGGCCCGGCGGCCGGCAGGGCGGCGGCGGCGGCGGCGGCCAGGGCCGCGAGGAUCGCGAGGGCGGUGGCGGCGGCGGGCGGCAAGAAGGGCACCGAGGUCAGCAGCACCAGCACCAGCAGGGCGGCGGCGGGCGCAGCCGGAGCCAGCAGCAGGGGCAGCAAGGCCAGCAGCAGGGGCAGCAAGGCCAGCAGCAGGGGCAGCAGCAGCAGGCUUCGGCCGAGAAGCCUGCUGCUGACGGCGGCGACAAGGACAAGUCGGCGGCGCAGGAUUCCUCAGAGCAGGAGUGGCAGAGCGUGUCCAGCCGCCGCGGCGGCUCCAGCUCGAAGGGCAGCCACCAACACAGCCACGGCCACGGCCACGGUGGUCACAGCCACGGCCACCACGGCCACAGCCACGGCCACUACUCGACGUCGCACCAUCAGCACGGGCACCACCCGGCAGACCAGGAGGGGCGCUGGCAGCACAAGGCAAUGCCGCCGGCGCCGGAAGGCGGCCGGGCGGGCGGAGGCGGCGGAGGCGGUGGCGGCGGCGGCCGGGGCGGUGGCCAGGCCGGCGGCGAGCCUCGGUCUGGCGCGCGGCAGGGCCGCGGCGGCGGCGGCGGCGGCGGAGCUGGCGGCGGAGCUGGCGCAUCCGGGGCCGGCGGCGCUGGCGGCGCCCCGGCCGCUGGCGGCGGUGCCGGUGGGGGUCAGGCUGGUGGCAACAGCCGGCGCGCUGCCGCGCUCACGGAUCAGCAGCUGCGGCAGCAACAGACCCGGGCGGUGCUGAUGGACGGCACGGGGGACGAGUAUGAGCCGGCCGGCGGGGCCGAGGCGGGCGCCGGUGCUGGUCGUGGCGGUCGCGGCGGCGACGGCCGUGAGAGCACGGGCAGCGGCAGCCGGGGUGGCAAGGGGCAGCGGAAGGGCGGGUGAGCGGGGUGCCCCGAGCAAGGCCGCUCCGGAGCCCGCCAGAGCCGUGCCUGAGCCCUGGCACAAGCGUUCAGCGAUGGCUUGACCGCGUUGCUGGCGUGUGUGCGGUGUGUGGUGUCGGAACCUGGCAUGCGCUGUGGACGGGCUCGGCUCCCCGCGACACGCCACGCUCAUGACGAACCUUGACAGCUGAUCGCGUUUGUCCUUGCUGCCGCAACAUAAAAAUGUCAAUGAUGUUUGGGUUCUUGUGCACUGGAUUACAGGCAGGCCGCUGCCAUAGCAGUAAGCGCCAGGGUUGAGAGCUUCUCGCUUGGAAGUGUGUAUCGCGAUGUAAGCGCGUGGCAAAGAGCCCAGCAGGACGGACGUGCGAACGUUUAUCAUUGUUGACAGAAGAUCAUGGAAAGCAGGGGCGUCGUGCCACAAACCUACAAUGCUAUGCAAGAUAAUUGGUCUGCAUGUCGCAGUAUGGAUAAGAUUGUUUGCACAGACACGUUGGACGAGGAUAGUGAUGCCAGGGGUGCGUAUGCCCUCUGACAUGUAAGGAUGUAGCCUGCGAGUGCUGGCUACAGGCCAGUGCAGUUGGGAGCACAGCAAUACGAGCACAGUGUGGUAUGGUAUGUGGGACACAAAAAGACAACAAAAAAGAGAACUGGGGAGUGCAACGUGUGCGCGAGCGUGUAUUGGCAGCCGUGUUUGUGGCUGUGUUUUUGCCCGGAAUUGCUCUGCCGUGACAGGAGUGAGUGACGCUGGGGCACUUGGGGGCUGGCGGGUUUGGGUAAAAACGAGCACGGGAGCUAUUAAAACGGCACACUGCUGCAUGGACGCUGUAUCAAGCAUUACUGCAGAGCAAAGGAGUGUGAAUGUGAGGAUGUCUGUUGCCGGCAACGAGCGGGCGUACUGCCCUCCGGUGUCAGGCCAAUGCAUGGCAUGAAGACCGGAUCACCGGAUGUAAUACUGUGUAAUA